AAAUCAGAGAAGCCAGAAAGCUGUGAUAAUGUGAAGGUCGUUGUUAGGUGCCGGCCUCUUAAUGAGAGAGAGAAAUCAAUGUGCUACAAGCAGGCAGUCAGUGUGGAUGAGAUGAGGGGAACUAUCACUGUACAUAAGACUGAUUCUUUCAACGAACCUCCAAAGACAUUCACUUUUGAUACAGUUUUUGGACCAGAGAGUAAACAACUUGAUGUUUAUAACUUAACUGCAAGGCCUAUUAUUGAUUCGGUUCUUGAAGGCUACAAUGGAACUAUUUUUGCAUAUGGACAAACUGGAACUGGCAAAACUUUUACCAUGGAAGGUGUCCGAGCUGUUCCUGAACUUAGAGGAAUUAUUCCAAAUUCGUUUGCUCACAUAUUUGGUCAUAUUGCAAAAGCAGAGGGUGAUACAAGAUUUUUGGUUCGAGUGUCUUAUUUGGAAAUAUAUAAUGAAGAAGUUCGUGAUCUUUUGGGCAAGGAUCAGACACAGAGGUUAGAGGUUAAAGAAAGACCUGAUGUAGGAGUUUAUAUCAAAGAUUUAUCAGCUUAUGUAGUAAACAAUGCUGAUGAUAUGGAUAGAAUUAUGACACUAGGCCACAAAAACCGUUCUGUUGGUGCAACUAAUAUGAAUGAACAUAGUUCCCGUUCCCAUGCAAUCUUUACAAUUACUAUAGAAUGCAGUGAAAAAGGCGUUGAUGGUAACAUGCAUGUCAGGAUGGGAAAACUCCAUCUUGUAGAUCUUGCUGGUUCAGAAAGACAAGCAAAAACUGGAGCGACUGGACAGCGCCUGAAGGAAGCUACAAAAAUCAACCUUUCACUUUCUACCCUUGGUAAUGUAAUUUCUGCCUUGGUUGAUGGAAAAAGCACUCAUGUGCCUUAUCGUAACUCUAAGUUGACUCGUCUUCUUCAAGAUUCCUUGGGAGGAAAUUCAAAAACCAUGAUGUGUGCAAAUAUUGGGCCAGCAGAUUACAAUUAUGAUGAAACUAUCAGUACAUUACGCUAUGCCAACCGUGCUAAAAAUAUUAAAAAUAAAGCUAGAAUCAAUGAAGAUCCAAAGGAUGCUUUGCUUCGUCAGUUUCAGAAGGAAAUAGAAGAACUGAAGAAAAAACUUGAAGAAGGGGAAGAAAUAUCAGGAUCUGAUAUCAGUGGCUCGGAGGAGGAGGAUGAUGAAGAGGGUGAGGUUGGAGAAGAUGGAGAGAAAAGGAAAAAAAGAAGGGGUAAAAAGAAAGUUUCUCCAGAUAAGAUGGUUGAAAUGCAAGCAAAAAUUGAUGAGGAGAGGAAAGCACUUGAAACAAAACUUGACAUGGAGGAAGAAGAAAGAAACAAGGCUAGAGCUGAGUUAGAGAAACGAGAAAAGGAUCUCCUUAAGGCCCAACAAGAGCAUCAGUCUUUGCUGGAAAAGUUAUCUGCACUGGAGAAGAAGGUAAUUGUUGGUGGCGUUGAUUUGUUGGCAAAAGCCGAGGAGCAAGAGAAACUUCUUGAAGAAUCUAAUAUGGAACUGGAAGAAAGGCGGAAAAGAGCAGAACAACUUCGCAGAGAACUUGAAGAAAAAGAGCAAGAACGCUUGGAUAUUGAAGAAAAAUACACCAGCUUGCAAGAGGAAGCCCAGGGAAAGACCAAGAAAUUAAAGAAAGUUUGGACUAUGUUGAUGGCUGCAAAGUCAGAGAUGGCCGAUCUCCAACAAGAACAUCAGAGGGAAAUUGAAGGCCUACUAGAGAAUAUUCGACAACUGAGCCGGGAACUUCGGCUUCAGAUGCUUAUUAUUGAUAACUUUAUACCUCAGGAUUAUCAAGAAAUGAUUGAAAACUAUGUCCAUUGGAAUGAAGACAUAGGAGAAUGGCAGCUAAAAUGUGUUGCAUACACAGGAAAUAACAUGAGGAAGCAGACCCCAGUACCUGAUAAAAAGGAGAAAGAUCCCUUUGAAGUGGACCUUUCCCAUGUGUAUCUUGCCUAUACAGAGGAGAGCCUGCGGCAGUCCUUGAUGAAAUUAGAAAGGCCACGGACUUCAAAGGGAAAAGGCAGGCCAAAGACAGGGAGAAGAAAGCGUUCUGCAAAGCCUGAAACUGUAAUCGACUCUUUACUUCAAUAG